GAAAUUGUCCAGCCUCGGCCGUGCAAUCGCGUGAGGGGGUUUUGUGUACAAUCAUCGCGUGACACAAACAACAACAACCACCGCAACCAACAGGCCCUCUGUGAUGAUGGAUGGCGAUAGUGUGCAAUCGAUGGGAGACUUUAAACAACAAGUGGCCGCCGUUCCGCCGUACGGAUUAAAGCUCAGGUUUGACCAUGUCUUCACCGACACCCGCAACCAGAACCUGCGCCCAUCGAUCCGCCAGCUGCUGCCCAUUGUCCCGAUGGCGCUCCGGUAUAUUCCGUACUACUGGAAGGUAUCGCGAGAAGGGCGCCAGGUGCUGAUGGACUACCUGUACACGGAGAACGCGAAGCAGAUCUACGGAGCCCCGCUCGGUGGCAUCGGGGCCGGCACCAUCGGCCGUGGGUUCGCCGGCGAGUUCUGCCGCUAUCAGCUCCGGCCCGGACUGUACGAGUACAACACCGUGCACGCCAACCAGUUCAUCGUGACCAUUAAGGACGAAGCUGGCGCCACCAUAUUCCAGAGUCUGCUGUCGACCUACAGCCAGCGGACUAACGAACAUUCUUCGACCCGUUCUGGCGCCAAACCGCGUCGUUCCAGUCGCCCGAAGACACCGCUCGGUAGCUGGGAGAGCGGCCUGGACCCGUCACGCUGCUCCUACACGGCACUGUAUCCGCGGGCCUGGUCCGAGUACGACCUCAGCGAGUACGGGGUGCGGCUGGUGCAGCGCCAGGUGUCCCCGAUCAUUCCGCACGACUACAAGGAGAGCUCACUGCCGUGCGGGGUGUUCGUGUGGACGGUCGAGAAUGUGUGCGAUCGCGAUCGGCAGGUAACGAUCACGUUCACGUUCCGCAACGGAACCGGCACGAAGAAGCAGGACGCGGAGGGAGCCGCCGAGACGAGUGCGUUCUCGCAGGGAUUGGCACGCGGCGUCAGCAUCCGGCAGACGAUCGCCGAUAUGCAGUGCACGUACUGCGUGAGCUGCCGCAGCUCGUCGGAGAUCAAUCUGACGCGCUGCGAGCGGUUCGACCCGAGCGGCAACGGUGAACGCCUGUGGAACGACUUGAAGGAACGUGGCCACCUGUCGGAGCAGUCGGUGGACGAAACCGUGAAAACGAAAGAUGUGGCCGCCGCGGUCAGUGGACAGAUUCUGGUGCAACCGGGCACCACGUCCGAGCUACAGUUUGCCCUCGUCUGGGACAUGCCGAAGGUGCACUUUCAGAAGCGCGGCAAAGAGUACUACCGCUACUACACGAAGUACUUCGGCAAGACGGGCGACGCCGGGCCGAUGCUGUCGGACUAUGCGCUCAGUAACUACGGCAAGUGGGAGCGACUGAUCGACGAGUGGCAGCGGCCAAUCUUGGAAGAUGCAGAUCUGCCCGAUUGGUACAAGAGUGCCAUCUUCAACGAGCUGUACUUCAUAGCGGACGGUGGCAGCGUUUGGUUCACGGCGGACGACUCGGACCUCCCGUACGAUGACCCGCGCCUGGCGUACGGCCGUUAUUCGUACCUCGAGGGGCAUGAGUACCGAAUGUAUACCACUUACGAUGUACAUUUUUAUGCGUCGCAUGCCCUAGCCAGCUUGUGGCCUAAUCUGCAGGUGAGCAUCCAGUACGACUACAAGGAUAGUAUAGAGCGCGAAAUCAGCGAAGGACGCAAACACCUGUACGAUGGGAAAGUCAUUCCGAGGAAGAUCAAAAAUUCCGUUCCGCACGAUCUCGGUGAUCCGGCUGAGGAACCAUUCGAUCUGAUUAACGCCUAUCCGAUCCACGACGUGUCGGAGUGGCGCGAUCUGAACAUCAAGUUCAUCUUGCAGGUGUACCGUGACUACUACACGCUCAAUCACUACGCCCAGCUGAACGCGGAGAACGCCAGCAAGUUCAGCUCGAUCGAGUUCAUCGACAAGGAAAGCAUGUACGAUACGUACAUCCAGGACAAUCGGCACCGGGCGUCCGCGGAGGCUGCGGAGAAGAAGGCGGCCAACCGUAAGUCGGCCUCGAUGUACAUCAAUGAGACGAACGGUAAAGUUUACCUGAUGGACGCGAUGACGUACCUAAAGGCGAUGUAUCCCGCCUGCAAGCUGGUGCUGGAGCGGUCGCUCGAGUGGGACAAGGACGACGAUGGGCUGAUCGAGAAUAGCGGGGCCCCCGACCAAACGUACGAUAGCUGGGUGAUGGAUGGCCCGAGUGCGUACUGCGGGGGGCUGUGGCUGGCCAGCUUGCACUGUAUGGUGACGAUGGCCAGUUUACUCGAUCAAACCGAGGACGGCAUGCGGUAUCAGGCGAUCCUCGAGAAGGGUCGAGCGUCGUUCGAGGAAAAACUGUGGAACGGAACGUACUACAAGUUUGACGCGCAGAGUGCCUCGAAGAACAGCAUCAUGUCGGACCAGCUGUGUGGCCACUGGUAUCUGCGCUCGUGUGGCUUCGACUAUGACGUGUUCCCGAAGGAGAACGUCCGGCUGGCGAUGCGCACGAUCUAUGAGAAUAACGUGAUGCGCUUCUGUGGUGGCAAUCUUGGCGCUGUGAACGGCUACGUGCCGAGCGCGCAACCGAACAAGGAGGGCCGACCGGAUGUGUCCACCAUUCAGGGCGAGGAGGUGUGGACGGGUGUAACGUAUGCGUUGGCCGCGACCAUGAUCCACGAGGGGAUGUUCGAGGAAGCGUUCCAGACGGCCGGGGGCCUGUACCGCUCGCUGUCGGAGAAGAUUGGGAUGAACUUUGAGACGCCCGAGGCGGUCUAUGCCGAACGGCACUACCGGGCGAUUGGGUACAUGCGACCGCUAAGUAUAUGGUCCAUGCAGAUGGCGUGGGAAUUGCGGAAGCUUCGUCGUGACUAAACUGAGACGCGU